AGAAAAUAGGUAACCGGCUGAUGUCAACUGUGUGCAAGACUCUAAUGGCUGAUAUGGAGAAGGAAGGGCAGGUGAAGCGGCACAUUUUUUAUGUUGAUUUUAUGGCAAUAAUGGCAGCUAACCCAAAGCUGUGGGAUGCUACAAAACGGAAGAAACAAUUUUUACCUGAAAAUGUAGGCUACAACAUAGGAGAAUGUGAUUUGAUCUUUGGACCCACACUUGUUGGCGCUCACUGGUUCUGUGUUGUGCUUGAGCCUAGCACAAUGAAUUUCUAUGUACUGGACUCAAUGAAGCCAAAUUUAGAGGGUAAGAAGAAGAGCAAGAAGAAGGGUGUAAUUAUUGAUGACAUGACGACCAUCGUCACUGAAUGUAGGAAUAGAUUUUAUAACAUUAUUGAGAUAGUUAAGCCUAAUGCCACUGGGAAGAAGAAAAUGAGUGAUAUCAUUUGGGCUCCUGUUCCGCAACAAAACAAUCUGCGAGACUGCGGUGUUUGA